UCUGAUUGGACAGCGGGGAAGCCUGUCAGUUUAUUGGCCCCGCUGAUCCCGCCCCGGAGCUCAGGGCAGCCUUUACCCUUUGGCCCCAGCGGACGCCAGCCACUCAGAUCGCUGCUUGUUGGUAUGUGUAGCGGCAGUGGCCGCCGACGGAGCAGUCUGAGCCCGACGAUGAGGCCGGGGACUGGAGCCGAGCGUGGAGGCCUCAUGGUGAGUGAAAUGGAGAGCCAACCUCCCUCGCGGGGUCCCGGGGACGGGGAGCGGAGAUUGUCCGGCUCAAACCUGUGCUCCAGUUCUUGGGUCUCUGCUGACGGCUUCCUGAGGAGACGGCCCUCGAUGGGGCAUCCUGGCAUGCAUUACGCACCAAUGGGAAUGCACCCUAUGGGUCAGAGAGCAAACAUGCCUCCUGUACCUCAUGGAAUGAUGCCACAGAUGAUGCCCCCUAUGGGAGGGCCUCCAAUGGGACAAAUGCCUGGAAUGAUGUCUUCUGUAAUGUCAGGAAUGAUGAUGUCUCAUAUGUCUCAGGCUUCCAUGCAACCUGCCUUACCGCCUGGAGUAAAUAGUAUGGAUGUAGCAGCAGGUGCAGCAUCUGGUGCAAAAUCAAUGUGGACAGAGCAUAAAUCACCCGAUGGAAGGACUUAUUAUUACAAUACUGAAACAAAACAGUCUACCUGGGAAAAACCAGAUGAUCUUAAAACACCUGCUGAGCAACUCUUGUCUAAAUGCCCGUGGAAAGAGUACAAAUCUGAUUCUGGGAAGCCUUAUUACUAUAAUUCUCAAACGAAAGAGUCCCGCUGGGCCAAACCAAAGGAACUUGAGGAUCUUGAAGGAUACCAGAAUACCAUUGUUGCUGGAGGUCUUAUUACAAAAUCAAACCUGCAUGCUAUGAUCAAAGCUGAAGAAAGCAGCAAGCAAGAAGAAUGUACUACCACAUCAACAGCCCCAGUUCCUACGACAGAAAUUCCUACCACUAUGAGUACCAUGGCUGCUGCAGAAGCAGCAGCUGCUGUUGUUGCGGCUGCUGCAGCCGCUGCAGCCGCUGCUAAUGCCAAUACUUCCACCACACCUACUAAUACUGUGGGAAGUGUUCCAGUUGCUCCUGAGCCUGAAGUUACUUCCAUUGUUCCUACUGUUGUCGAUAAUGAAAAUGCAGUAACUAUAUCCAAUGAAGAACAAGCACAGAUUGCUAAUACUACAGCCAUUCAAGAUUUAAGUGGUGACAUUUCCAGUAACACUGGAGAGGAACCAUCUAAACAAGAAACUGUAACCGAUUUUACUCCUAAAAAAGAAGAGGAAGAGAGCCAACCAGCAAAAAAAACAUACACUUGGAAUACAAAGGAGGAGGCAAAGCAAGCAUUUAAAGAAUUAUUGAAAGAAAAGCGGGUACCCUCUAAUGCUUCGUGGGAGCAAGCUAUGAAAAUGAUCAUUAAUGAUCCUCGUUAUAGUGCUUUAGCAAAGCUGAGUGAAAAAAAGCAGGCUUUUAAUGCCUAUAAAGUCCAGACUGAGAAAGAGGAAAAAGAGGAAGCAAGAUCAAAAUACAAAGAAGCUAAGGAAUCUUUUCAGCGUUUUCUUGAAAAUCAUGAGAAAAUGACUUCCACAACCAGAUACAAAAAAGCCGAGCAAAUGUUUGGGGAGAUGGAAGUUUGGAAUGCUAUAUCAGAGCGUGAUCGUCUUGAAAUCUAUGAAGAUGUUUUGUUCUUCCUUUCAAAAAAAGAAAAGGAACAAGCAAAGCAGUUACGAAAGAGAAAUUGGGAAGCCUUAAAAAACAUACUUGACAACAUGGCUAAUGUCACGUAUUCUACUACUUGGUCUGAAGCCCAGCAGUAUCUGAUGGAUAAUCCAACGUUUGCAGAGGAUGAAGAGUUACAGAACAUGGAUAAAGAAGAUGCACUAAUAUGCUUUGAGGAACACAUCCGGGCUUUAGAAAAGGAAGAAGAAGAAGAAAAACAGAAGACUUUGUUGAGAGAAAGGAGGCGGCAGCGUAAAAAUAGGGAAUCUUUUCAGAUAUUCUUAGAUGAACUACAUGAACAUGGACAACUACAUUCUAUGUCCUCUUGGAUGGAACUGUAUCCAACUAUUAGUUCUGACAUUAGAUUCACUAAUAUGCUUGGUCAGCCGGUUUUUUCAUUAGGAUCAACUGCACUUGAUCUUUUCAAGUUUUAUGUUGAAGAUCUUAAAGCACGUUAUCAUGACGAAAAAAAGAUAAUAAAAGACAUUCUGAAGGAUAAAGGAUUUGUAGUUGAAGUAAACACCACUUUUGAAGAUUUUGUGGCAAUAAUAAGUUCAACAAAAAGAUCAACUACUUUGGAUGCUGGAAAUAUCAAGUUGGCUUUCAAUAGUUUACUAGAAAAGGCUGAAGCCCGUGAACGUGAAAGAGAAAAAGAGGAGGCACGAAAAAUGAAAAGAAAAGAGUCUGCAUUUAAGAGUAUGUUGAAACAGGCUGCUCCUCCAAUAGAGCUGGAUGCUGUCUGGGAAGACAUCCGGGAGAGAUUUGUAAAAGAACCAGCAUUUGAGGACAUAACUCUAGAAUCUGAAAGAAAAAGAAUAUUUAAAGAUUUCAUGCAUGUGCUUGAGCAUGAAUGUCAACAUCAUCAUUCAAAGAACAAGAAACAUUCUAAGAAAUCUAAAAAACACCAUAGGAAACGUUCCCGCUCUCGAUCGGGAUCGGAUUCAGAUGAUGAUGAUAGCCAUUCAAAGAAAAAAAGACAGCGAUCAGAGUCCCAUUCUGCUUCAGAACAUUCUUCUAGUGCUGAAUCUGAGAGAAGUUAUAAGAAAUCAAAAAAGCAUAAGAAGAAAAGCAAAAAGAGGAGACAUAAAUCUGACUCUCCAGAAUCAGAUACUGAACGAGACAAGGAUAAGAAAGAUAAAGAUCGGGAAAGUGAAAAAGACAGAAGUAGACAGAGAUCAGAAUCAAAACACAAAUCACCUAAGAAAAAGACUGGAAAGGAUUCUGGUAACUGGGAUACUUCUGGCAGUGAACUGAGUGAAGGGGAAUUAGAAAAGCGCAGAAGAACCCUUUUGGAGCAACUGGAUGAUGAUCAAUAAAUUAUACCAAAUAUAUGUUUAUAGUAUGAUUUAAAGUCUAAUUCAGACCAGGGAUUAUUUUAAGUUCAAUUUACAUCAUAACACUGGGUUUUAAUUGUGUCACAGGAAAAAAAAAAGUGCAUUUAUGUAUUGUUAUUGUGGACUUUAUAAAAGCAAGGGAAAUUGAAAAUAACUUGAUUCUGUAUCAAGAAUCAUAUUUUCCUACGGUCAUAACUGUCUUUCUGUGACCCUUUCCUAGGGCACUGCAGGAUGGAUUAAAAGUGGCAAUUUACUGAUAGCUGCAGACGUCUCUACUUUGUUCUAAGUCAUGAGGGGAUUUGAUUUACUUUAUAGAAGUGGGAUUUUGAAGAUACAAUGAACAUUUUUUUGAUAAUGUAGUACAAAAAAAAGCACCAGCAACCCAUGAUAAGACUGCUUUUUUGUGCACUACUGAACUGAUGAAAGCCAACGUGAUCUUUUAUGGUGAGCUCUUAAGAAAAGGUGUUUUUGAUGGAAACUUAGUAGACCUUUAACUGGCGGUGCUGAUGAGCACUGCUGUAAUAAAGCCACCAUUAUUUUUAUGAAACAUCCGAAUAAAUUUUAAAAAGGCUAUGAGGGCAUUAUUUUGAGCAUCUAUUUUGAGGUGAUGUUUUAAAAUAGCUAACAUCAAAUCAAAUUGUAAAUUACUUUAAAUAUAUUGCCUUAAGGACCUACUAAAGAAUGUGCCACCAAACUUUUGAGUGAUAGUUGAAAUAUCCUUGUAGUGGGGGGAAGAAAAAUCAAUGUUGACUUAAACAUUUUCUUUGAAUUUUUAAUCCAAUCUUUCUCUUUCACUUUUUUUUUUAAUUCCAUUGAGGAGGUUGUAAAUUGCCUUCCUUACUCACUGAGAAGUAUUGACUCCAUGGUACACAGUCUAAAGCAUUUCUGAUUUCAAUAUUUUUGUACAUUUUUAUCUAUUAUUAAACCUUCUCUUGUAGUGUG